AAAACAGAGGAAGAAGAAGAAAAAGAAGAACUUUGGCGCUCCUUAAAUUGUUUUAUUCAUUAAAUACUAGCAGGAAAUCACUGAUACCAUCGAUCGGAGAUGUACUACUAUCGCUAUGCGAAUGCUGAGGUCAGCUGCUGCUACAAGUAUCUGAUGUUCAGUUACAACAUCAUAUUCUGGUUGGCAGGAGCAGCCUUUAUUGCUGCCGGUUUCUGGGCUUGGAGCGAGAAGGGAGUCCUGUUGGACCUGACCCAGGUGACCCGGCAGCACGGUUUUGACCCAGUCUGGUUGGUUCUGUUUGUCGGCGCCUUCACCUUCACUCUAGGAUUUGCAGGCUGCGUUGGAGCUCUGAGAGAAAACAUCUGUCUGCUUAAAUUUUUUUCAGGUGUCAUUGGUUUGAUCUUCUUUCUGGAGCUGACGGCGGCGGUUCUAGCUGUGGUGUUCCAGAGUCAGGUCAAAGCAUGGAUCAAUGAGUUCUUCCUGCAGAACAUCAGGGCGUACAGAGACGACAUUGACCUGCAGAACAUCAUUGACUCUCUGCAGACCGGGAACAAAUGUUGCGGUGCUCAGGAACCAGAUGACUGGAAUCUGAAUAUUUACUUUAGCUGUAAUGAAACUCGUCGCAGCAGAGAGUGGUGUGGCGUCCCCUUUUCCUGCUGCAUACCUGAUCCCGCAGAAUCUGUGAUGAACACGCAGUGUGGCUACGAUGUGAGAACGAAACGCCCGCAAGAGUGGGCGUCUCAAAUCUACACCAAAGGUUGCAUUGCGUCGUUGGAGGAUUGGUUACCACAAAAUCUGUACACCGUAGCUAUUGUGUUCAUCAUCAUCUCGGUACUGCAGAUGGUGGGGAUCUACCUGGCCAGAACUUUGAUCGCUGACAUCGAGAAAGUAAAAUUAAGAUACUGAGGUGUCCACCUACAGAGACGGAGCAGGACCAGGUGUUACAAGAGUGUUUCUAUU